AUGAACUUGGUCGCGACGAACGAUAAGGAUGAGAUUUAUGAGGAUCCUGAGUCUACUGAGGAUGAUGAGAGUGAGGACUCGGAUGAUAUGGCUGCGAGUGUGGAGGCAGCAGUGAAGCAGGAAGAGGAGAUAGUGACCAUGGAGGCAGCAGCAGUAAACGGUGGAGAUGGAGACGAUGUCAACACUUUUGCAGCAGCGAUCGUGGUUGAAGAUGAAGCAGUAAAUGUGAAGUGUGUGGGAGUUGAAGCUGUGAAAAGGGACAUCAUGGUGAAAGGAUCAAAGGCGAAUGCAACUGCAAAGGGGCAAGUGCUUAAGGAGGAUGAACGCGUUGAAGGGUACGAGACCCAAGAGGCGCUCAACUUCAAGACACGUAAGCAGAGGUUCAAGGUGCAGGAGCUGCAGGGGAGUGUGAAGCCGACCUAG